AUGGAGGAGACGAAGCAGUCAUUGAUAGCAUCGUUGCCGUCGGCACCAAGAAAACCAAAGUCGAAAGUAGAGAGAGUUGUGAGGAAAACAUUCAAAGGAACAGCUCAUCUAUCAAAUCUGCUCCCAACCGGUUCUGUAAUGAGUUUUCAAAUAAUGUGUCCGGUCCUAACCCAUCAAGGUCAGUGUCCCACCAUCACCAGUCGCUGGCUCACCUGCUUCCUCGUCUCCUUAUGCGCCAUCUCCUGCUUCCUCUUCUCCUUUACCGACUCCAUUAGAGACCCAAACGGCAAGGUUAGGUACGGGUUGGCAACGUGGAGUGGGCUAUUAGUGAUGGAUGGAUCGAUUACUUUAACGGAGGAGGAGAAGGAAAAGUAUAAGCUCAAGAUUCUUGAUUUUAUUCACGCAAUCAUGUCAAUGCUCGUCUUCUUCGCAGUCUCCAUGUUUGAUCAGAACGUAACCCGUUGUUUAUUCCCCGUUCCUUCCGAGGAAACCAAGGAGAUUCUUACCAGUUUACCUUUUGUCAUCGGCGUCAUUUGUGGUGCCUUCUUCCUAGCGUUCCCUACACGCCGUCAUGGCAUCGGAUCUCCCCUUACCAAAGAAUAA